AUGUGUGUAUGCAUUUAUAUGUCUGUCUUCCUUUAUAGACUGUAAAUUCCUUGAGACAGUCUAUAAAGUCUAAGUUGUAUUCAUAUGGCCCCUGUUCCUGGCAUAUUCAGUAAAUGUCUGGGUGACAGCACAAACUGUUGCAGAACGGAACUUCUAGGUGAAGAGAGACAGUCUGGAGAGCAGGGCCUUCUUUAUUUCCUGGAAUACGGAACAGACAGCCUUCAGUUCACAAGAAGUUACUUUUACUUGGUAAUUACUGAGGUAAACAGAUUCAAAGGAUGAGUGAACUGGAACAAUUGAGGCAGGAAGCAGAACAACUGCGGAAUCAGAUCCAGGAUGCCAGGAAAGCAUGUAAUGAUGCAACGCUUGUUCAGAUCACAUCAAAUAUGGACUCUGUGGGUCGGAUACAAAUGCGAACAAGACGUACGCUGAGAGGCCAUCUAGCUAAAAUCUAUGCUAUGCACUGGGGAUAUGAUUCAAGGCUACUAGUAAGUGCUUCCCAAGAUGGAAAAUUAAUUAUUUGGGAUAGCUAUACAACAAAUAAGAUGCAUGCUAUUCCUUUGAGAUCCUCUUGGGUGAUGACCUGUGCUUAUGCCCCAUCUGGUAAUUAUGUUGCUUGUGGAGGUCUGGACAACAUCUGCUCUAUAUAUAACUUAAAAACCAGAGAGGGAAACGUGAGAGUGAGCCGAGAGUUGCCAGGUCACACAGGUUACUUGUCCUGCUGUCGCUUUUUAGAUGACAGCCAGAUUGUUACAAGUUCAGGAGAUACAACUUGUGCUUUAUGGGACAUAGAAACUGCCCAGCAGACCACCACAUUCACUGGGCACUCUGGAGAUGUCAUGAGUCUUUCUCUGAGUCCUGACAUGCGCACUUUUGUUUCUGGUGCUUGUGACGCCUCUUCCAAAUUAUGGGAUAUUCGAGAUGGAAUGUGUAGACAGUCUUUCACAGGACACGUCUCAGAUAUUAAUGCUGUCAGUUUUUUUCCAAAUGGAUAUGCCUUUGCCACUGGCUCCGAUGAUGCUACUUGCCGGCUCUUUGACCUCCGAGCAGACCAAGAGUUGUUGUUGUAUUCUCAUGACAAUAUAAUCUGUGGAAUCACUUCUGUAGCUUUCUCAAAAAGUGGGCGCCUCCUGCUGGCUGGUUAUGAUGACUUUAAUUGUAAUGUAUGGGACACGCUGAAAGGAGAUCGUGCAGGUGUCCUCGCUGGUCAUGACAACCGUGUCAGCUGUUUAGGUGUGACUGAUGAUGGCAUGGCUGUGGCAACAGGAUCUUGGGACAGUUUUCUUAGAAUCUGGAAUUAACAGUGUCAUACAUAUUUUCUGUUCUCCAUUGAUAAUCUGGAGAAAUCAAUACUACAGCCUAUAGCUGUGAAAAAAAAUCUACCUUUUAUUUGCAGGUGAAGAUUUUUCUAUUGAGUUAUUAUAUACAAAAGCAGCUUUUGGGAAACUACAAAAAAAAUGGGGGAAACAGGCAAGGCAAGGUACCUGUGAAAAUCAGAAGGACCAAGUGUAUUUGAGAAGUUGGGUGAAUUUAACAUUGAGGAAUUUUUGCUCGUAUUGAGUUUAAUUAUUUCUUUAUGUAGGAUAGAAUGUACACUUUAUAGCAGCUGGUCAUUGUGUUUGCAUUUGGUAAGAACUACAUUUUAAACUUUUUAUACAUAAGAAAUGUCACAUUUUUGAGUUUUGUAAUGGAAGGCACAAUAAUAGAUGGAAGUGAUACUGUACGUGUGUGUGCUGUUUGAGGGAAGUCCCCUUGAAUCCUGAAUUGCUUUUUAAUCUGAAAGGGAUACUGAUUGCUUACUAAGAGCAUGGGAAGAAGACAGGAAUCAUUAGUGCAUUCUUUGCCAUGAUGUCAGUCUAAAUAAGUGCUCACUUUAUAAUAGCCAGAGAUAGAUAUUUCACUCUGACAUUUUGGACAUCUCUAAGAAACUUCAUUAGAAUUUAUUAUAUUAGUAAAAAGUAUACUAGCAUAUAAAUAAUUCUUGGCAUUUUAAAAGACUAAUCAUGAUCAAUUGCCACUUUUGAGUAGUCCUUCCUCUUGAGUUGCACCUUCCUCUUGAUUUCAUUUUCUGGAUCUAAGUUGUAGGGGUUUACUUAUAUUUCAGAAGUUUGAUAAACAUUUGGAUUGUCCCUGCAUCUAAAGACUCUGUCCUAUUAUUCUUUUCUAACAUACAUCUAGAUGAAAAAUUUAGUGUGACAACAUUAACAUUUUUCAGAGAAGUAUAAACUUCAACUAUUUGCUAGCACUGAUUUUUUAUGUAAUAAGGUGACUUUAUGAAUUUUGUUUAUGUAAUAUAAAAUCUUAUUUGAUAUAAACUAUCUAUUCUCUCAAAUUCUUAAAAUGAAACAUUUAAGCUUUUUGCUCUCCUAUAGUAAUCUUCUCUCAAUCCCACAAAAUACUGGUUUCUAAGUGGUUUUGCUUCAAAGACUAUCUAUGUCUAAGUGAUUCUACUUGAAAGCAAAAUUAAAAAAAAAAUUCUAAGCAGCUUUUUCCUGAAA